AAAGCCGACGCCCUCAGAAGCUAACGGCGUCAACAGAACUAACGCCUCGCUCCGCUCCCAAGCGUCGACUUCUAGUCUCUCUCCCCGUAGAGAAGAGAGGCUUCUGGCUCCGGCCCGGCUCAGAUCCGGCUUCGAUCGGCUCCCCCUUCGGCUCGCUCCGUUCUUCUCUCGGCGCGUCACCGUCCCCCUCCUCGCUGACCGAAUCGGGCGCCGGGUGGGGGUUCGAUCCCUUGUGACGAAGCCCUAAUGGCCGAUCCUUCAUAGUCAUCUAGAGAAUCCAAAACCUGAUGCUCGUGUGUGCGGAUCGGGCUUGAGCCUGAUGCCUUCGCGCCAUUUUGCUAUGAAUCUUGGGUGGUGGAAACAAAUGCUUUAAUGGACAUGGCACUUGUACCAUCAGGAGCAACUGCAGAUGUUUCGUUGGGCUUGUCAGAGAAAGGGAAUGCUGGUCCAUCACUUAAACCAAGGAAAAAGUCCAUGACCUCACUGUAUCUCAAGUUUUUCGAAACAUCUCUUGAUGGAAAGAGUCGCAGGUGCAAAUUUUGCAAGCAAAGUUACUCUAUAACUACCGCUACUGGAAAUCUUGGUAGGCAUCUCAGUCAUCGCCAUCCAGGGUAUGAUAGGCUUGGUGAUGCUGGCCAACAAGUCCAACAGGCUGUUGUUACUUCCAAGAAGCCUCAGCCUCAAGUAAAACCUUCAACUGAUCUUGAUCAUCUGAACUGGUUGCUGCUUAAAUGGCUCACUGGGACCUCUGUUCCUCCUACCUUUGAGGAUGAGAUGCUUUUGAAUUCUUUUAGGUUUUUAAAUCCAUCAGUAAGGAUUUGGCCUAAAGAAAAGGUCCAAGCAGUAACUCUUGAGGUUUUCAGAAGCAUGCGGGAGGAUGUAAAGGCAUCGUUGCAAAAUGUAAAUUCAAAGGUUUCCCUUGCCCUGGAUUUUUGGACUUCCUAUGAGCAAAUAUUUUAUAUGUCAGUCAAGUGUCAGUGGAUAGAUGACAACUGGUCGUUGCACAAGGUUCUUCUUGAUAUCUGUCAUAUCCCUUAUCCAUGUACUGGGUCUGAUAUAUUGACUGCCACAACGAAGGUACUUACAAUGUUCAACAUUGAUAGAAAGAUUCUUUGUUGCACAAAUGAUAACAGUCCACAGGCGGUUCAAGCCUGCCAUGCGCUAAAGGAGGAGCUUCAUGCUCACAGUUUGCCCUUCUUUUAUAUUCCCUGCGCUGCUCGGACCCUGAACUUGAUCAUAGAAGAUGGCCUAAGAACUCCAAAACCAAUACUAUCUAAGAUUCGAGAAUUUGUCCUCGAGGUGAAUUCCUGUCCUGAUAUCGCUGAGGAUUUUAAGCAAAUGAUGGCACUCUGCCAGGAGGGUUCAUGGAAGUUUCCCCUUGAUUCCUCAACAAGCUGGAGUGGUGAUUAUGCUAUGCUUGAUAUUGUGAGAAAGGCACCUAAUGCCAUGGACAGCACAAUAAAAAAGCACGAAGAAACAUUCAGCAGCAGAAACUUGUUGCUGAGCACGACAGAGAAAUCUGUCGUCAAUAUUUUACUUUCGUAUCUAGAGCCAUUUCAUAAGAUAACGACCAACAUAUCCACAAGCAAAGUUCCUACAGUUGGUCUGGUGCUUUUUUUCAUGGACCAUGUCUUCGAAUUAAUUAGUUCUUGCAGGGAUAGUUGUCGUCAAGAGUGGCUAAAGAGUGUAGCCGAUGAUAUGGCUAAGAGAGCAAGAAGCUUUUGCACUCAAGCCUAUAACUUCUUUACCUUCAUGGCUGCAAUUCUUGAUCCAAGGAUAAAAAAAGAGCUCAUACCGGAGAACCUUAAUUCGGAGAAGAAUUUGGAGGAAGCAAGAAGCUAUUUCACGAGAUAUUACCCCAGCAAUCAAUUUCCCAUCAUGGCUAAUGGAUUUGGCACCCAGGAUACCACGGAUGAAGAGAAUGUUGUUUCCUUUGCUGAAGAGAUUGCAAGGAAGAGGCGUCGUGCGAGCAUGAGCACUGCUGCAGAUGAGCUAUCCCAAUUCUUAUCGGAACCGCCUUUGCCAAUCGCCACUGACAUUUUGGAUUGGUGGAAGGUAAAUAGCACACGGUAUCCCCGUCUCUCUGUUAUGGCCCGUGAUUAUUUAGCUGUUCAGGGGACCUCGGUAGAGCCUGACGAGUUGUUCACAAGUAAAGGUGACGAUAUACAUAAGAAGCAGUUUUGUUUGCCAUACAGCAGCAUGCAGUCCUUCAUGUGUAUCAACUCGUGGGUCCAAAGCGGAUACAAAUUCAAAUUUCGGAUGACGGAAAUCAACUUUGAAAAGCUGGUAGAAUCUAGUGCUGCUUCAAUUGAUGGUGUCAAGUCUUGACGAGAAACAAGAAUGCCUCAGUAAUGUAAUAUACCGUAAUACUUGCAACAUCGGUCCCGCAAUUCAAGAGCUGGAUUUAGGUCGACAAGUUGAUAAGUGAUAGGGCUGUAUAGUUCAUGAUGUAUAAUAUCAGAGUUCAAAUGGAUGUCAGAAUCUGAUAGAACAGUGUCUAGUUAGUAGAUAGCUGGAAAUUUGUGUUCUAGAUCUACAUGUUAUGUUGUUAAAACUUUUAUUUAUUCAUAAGGAUUAGUCUUUUUGGCUGCUCGUGAUUGAUCA